AUGGACAAGCAAGAAAGCAGACCGACAUGGAGCAGGCAGAUAGAGUUCACCCUGGCGGGUAUUGGCUCCGCGGUGGGUCUUGGAAACAUUUGGAGGUUCCCUUACCUCUGCUUCAGGAGUGGAGGAGGUGCUUUUUUGGUACCCUACCUUCUCAUGCUGAUUGUUUUGGGGAUUCCUCUACUCCAUAUGGAGUUGGCUGUCGGACAAUACACAAAAAGGGGGCCAGUCCACGCUCUUGCUCAAUUCUGCCCACUUUUAAAGGGUGUAGGUAUAGCAUCCGUGGCCAUUUCUUUCAUCAUGUGCACUUACUACAACGUGGUCAUCACUUGGGCACUCUACUACAUGUUCAGCUCCUUCCAAGCGCCGCUACCCUGGCAGAGUUGCAACAACACGUGGAACACACCCAACUGCACCGAUCACGCCACCAAUGGCAGCUACUCGUCCACGGCCAGCCAGGAGUUCUUCAAAUACAAGAUGCUGCAGCAAACGGGCCGAGUUGAGGAUGCGGGAGUCAUCCGGUGGGAGCUUUGCCUUCUUCUCCUGCUGGCUUGGAUUCUCAUCUACCUUUGCAUCUUCAAGGGGACCAAAUCAACAGGGAAGGUGGUUUACAUCACAGCGCUGCUCCCCUAUGUCAUCCUCUUCGCCCUGCUGGUCAAUAACGUGCAGCUUCCCGGAGCAAUGCAGGGUAUAACGUUCUUCAUUGUGCCAGAAUGGGACAAGCUACUUUCAGUCGAGGUUUGGGUGAACGCCGCGGCGCAAAUCUUCAACUCUAUCGGAAUCGGGUUCGGAUUCCUCAUAGCGAUGUCCAGUUAUAACACUUUCAACAACAACAUUAUUAAGGACACACUGACGAUAUCCAUCGUCAAUUCCCUAACCAGUAUUUUAUCAGGUUUUGUAAUAUUCUCGGCUUUCGGAUACAUGUCUCACCUGCAGGACGUUCCGGUGCCUGAGUUGGCUGUAGAUGGUCCAGGACUUGUGUAUGUUGUCUACCCACAAGCAUUUUCCAGUAUGCCGGUGCCUCAGCUGUGGGCUGUGCUCUUCUUCUGCAUGCUUCUUUUCCUUGGAAUUGAUAGUGAGUUUGCCAUGGUUGAAGUGAUGGUCACCAGUCUGGUGGAUCAAUCCAAUCAGCAGCUUCUGAAAUUCUUCAAGAGGAAAGAGCUGUUAGUUCUUGUAGUUUGUUCAAUCGCGUUUCUUCUCGGGAUUCCAAAUGUGACGCAGGCGGGGAUCUAUGUUUUCCAGCUAAUGGAUCAUUACACCGCCAUCGUGUCUAUUAUGUUCCUCGCAUUCUUCGAGGUGGUAGGCAUUUGCUGGUUUUAUGGUGUGAGGCGGUUAUCUGACAACUUGGAAGAGAUGACAGGGAAAAGGCCAAGCAUAUUUUUCAAACUGUGUUGGCAAAUCAUCGCUCCUUUUCUAGUCACCGUUAUCCUCAUUUUUUCAGUUAUCCAGUUCAAACCAGCUCGCUAUGAAGACUAUGUUUUCCCUCCGUGGGCUCAAGGGCUUGGCUGGGUCAUCGCCAUGGCAUCCAUCGUUUGGAUCCCUUUGGCCUCCAUUCACACAUUGUGGGUGCUACCUGGCUCAUUUUUGCAGAAACUAAAGCUGUCCAUCACACCGUACGCCCUGAAUGAGAUGUCCAAAAUGCCAUACUAUGAAAGGGGAGGACGUAAUAAAAACCAAGGUGUCUCAGUCAUCAGCACCAUCAGUUUACAAGACAAACCGGCAAAUCAGGGCAGUUGA